AUGGAACAGACAAAGGCUCUUAACGCGCUAGAGCCCUUCCUCGCUUUAUCCAAGUCAGCGACCUCUCCUCGCGCUGCCGCCGACCUCGUCACUAGAGCUACAUCAGCACCCAACACAUUUCUCUUCAGCGAGCUCCUCCAAACACCUGCCAUCCAGAAUCUUGCCGAGUCCGAAUUCGCUUCGCACCUCACCCUACUCAAGACCUUUGCCUAUGGAACAUACUCUUCUUACAAAAGCACACCGGGCCUGCCAGAGCUUGUAGAAGCACAAGCCAUUAAGCUACGCCAGCUCUCACUACUUUCUCUGGCCAGCGACCGACAGAACCUUUCGUAUAAAGCGCUACAGGACUCAUUGGACCUUCCAGGUUCCCGUGAGGUUGAGAAUUUGGUGAUCUCGGCGGUCUACGCUGGUCUGCUCCAUGCUACGCUUGACGCAGCUCGCGCUACCGUGCAAGUAUCAAGUGUCGCGCCCCUACGUGAUCUCGCUCCUGGAGCGAUACCUGGCAUGGUCACUGCUCUCAAGACAUGGUAUGGUCGCUGCACCACCACCCUCAGCGAUGUCGAACUUCAGAUCAAGGAGAUCCGAACGACAGCAGCUGCAAGACAACGCGAGCAACGCGCUGCCGACGAAAGGCUGCAACAGGCGAUGCAGGACCACCAAGAAGGAACUGGAGGACGGAAGUACGACUUACCAAACAUGAGCCGGGAUACGAUGGCCAGAAGGGGCUUCAACAAGAGGUCUGUAAUGGACGUGGGCAACUUGGUGGACAACGACAGCAUGGACGUGGAUGAGUCAGAGGAGGAAAAGAAACGGGCGAGCAAGCGCAAGCUGUGA